AUGGCGGCCAUGGGGGCGAUAUUGGAUUUCAAGCCAACUCAAAAUAUAACAACUCAUGGUCAGGACCAUUUCAGGGAUCAUUUCAAGCAUAUUAUAAGCUCAAAUCCACUUUUGGAACUUGGAAAGAGGAAAAUGAACCGUAUCGAUGAGCGCACAGACUUUUUACCUAAAUAUCAACAUGGAAAUCGAUCUGAAAAUCUACCAAGAACGAAAACAGCAGCUGUCCCAUGCAUUUGUUCUCAGAGAUGGCUGCUGGCUUACAUCGCCUUUCUCGGGUUUGUUUGUGUAUACGCCGUCCGCGUGAACUUCAGCGUGGCCAUUGUUUGUAUGGUAAAAUCUUCGGAUGUCCCCACUAAUGGGUCCAUACUGGUUAACCAGUCAGAUGUCGGCAUAUGUGUUGAAGAGGCUGCAAACGUCCGAAGUGAUGAGCAUGCUGAGUUUGACUGGGAUAAAAACAUUCGAUCGACUAUGUUGGCGUCCUUUUUCUAUGGAUACAUUUGUACCCAGAUCAUCGGUGGCUGGUUCUCUGAUAGGUUUGGUGGGAGGCGCGUGCUGGGGUAUGCCUUGUUGAUUGCCUCCUUUUGUACACUUCUCACGCCAGUUUGUGCCAGAACAUCAAUGCUACUUGUCUACGUCUUACGCGUAUUGCUUGGCCUCGUCACAGGUGUAUCUUUUCCAGCAAUGCAGUCAAUAUUGGGGAGAUGGGCACCGCCUUUAGAACGCAGCAAACUAGUUUCCGUAGCUUAUUUAGGUACAAUGGUUGGAAAUGUCGCUACCUUUUCGUUAUCUGGAGUGUUAUGCGACUACGGCUUCGAUAACGGAUGGGGAUCAAUCUUCUACGUGACAGGUGGUAUGACGUUUCUCUGGGUCCUGUUGUGGUUUUUUAUGGUGGCAGACUCGCCACAGGAACACAGACGGAUUUCAGCUGUAGAACGAGAGUACAUUGUGUCUCAUAUCGAGUACAACACAACAGUCAGGACAGCUAAAGUGCCUUGGAGAGACAUGGUAAAGUCACGUGCAGUGUGGGCGUGUCUUACAGCUCACGUAUGUAGUAAUUGGACCAAUUACACACUUCUCACCAGUCUUCCGGCAUUUAUGAAGGCAGUUCUUAAAUUUGACAUCAAACAAAACGGUGCGUUGUCCGCAGUUCCUUAUUUCUGUAGAGCUAUGGCUGGUUUGCUAGCUGGACAAACCUCUGAUAUAUUAAGAUCUCACAAGAUCCUCUCCACUGCAGCCACGAGGCGUAUGUACCAAGUGUCAGCGUUUCUUGGAGCGGGAAUUUUUUCUGUGGCUACCGGAUUCUCCACUUGUGAGAAUCGGGAUAUGGCCGUGAUUUUUUUGUCUGUUGCCGUCUUCUUCACAGGACUUUGCAGGGCUGGAUACGUCGUUAACAGUAUUGAUUUUGCACCGAAAUUUGGUGGUAUAUUGUAUGGAAUAACGAACACUGCAGCCACUGUACCAGGAAUGAUAGCACCGAUCGCAGUAGGAGCCCUCACCCCAAACGACACAUCUGAGGAGUGGAGAAUGGUAUUCUACGUUUGUGCUGCAUUGGACUUGUUCGGAGCUUUAAUAUUUGGACUGUUUGUAUCAGGCGAAAUUGAAUCUUGGGCUCGUGAUCAAAAUGUCGACCAACAAAAUGGCAUUGUGAUUGACACCAAUGUCGGUGUGGAGACACAAAAAACAGACAAUAUCAAAAGGAACGUUGGUAAUAAUGAAGGAGUCUAA